GUGCAAAACCAUCAGAAAUGGGAGCCACUCGCAUGGUUCUGUGACCUCGUUUGACAACUUUCUAUGAACAAAUAUUGGAAUUCACUUCACCCUUUCCAAUAUUCCAGGAGUUCUGUGUUGUAUGGUGAAAACGAACAUAUCGUUUUCGACAGCCGCAUGCUGCAACUUGUAGAUUUGCCCAACUCAUUUCCAGAAGCCAUUCAAGGUCAAAUCUGUCAUUUCAAGAACAACCCUUUUCCAUGAAUGAGCCAUGAUUCAAUUAAUCAAUUCCCUCAAGAUUGAAACGUACCAUAAAGUUUGAAACUUUGCAUGCCCAAUGACGUCCCAAUUAAAGCCCCCAUAACCCCAACUUGCCCAAUUGGCCUAUAAAAAGUGCAAGCUACUCUCUCUCUAUCCACUUGUCAAGCCAACCCAAAUCCUCAUUUAUCCCCAGACUGCAGCCACGAAGAUUUCCUCUCAUCGGCAAUGGAGCUCCCCUUCCCAUCAUACCAACUUUCUCCCUGGCAUUACCUCCUCUCAUCUCCUGCCCUUUUCUCCAACCAGCUUCUUCCCGAAAACUACGUUCGUUGGACAGAGACCCCAGAGUCUCACAUUUACUCUGCUGAUCUUCCUGGUGCGAGGAAGGAGGAGAUAAAAGUCGAACUUGAGGACUCAAGAUAUCUUAUAAUCAGGACCGAGGCCAUUCAUGAAUCAACCAAACCAGUCAGGAACUUCAUGAGGAAAUUCCGGCUCCCUGGAAUGAUAGAUAUUGAAGCAAUAUCAGCCGGAUAUGAAGAUGGGGUCUUGACAGUUACAGUGCCAAGGUCCUUUAGGAGGAGUGGUUUCUAUAUCGACCCUGCAGAUGUUCCCGAGAGGCUUGAAGUUCUUGCAAGGGCUGCCUGAAAUUGGAAAGUUAGACAUAAAUGGCUACUUGGUUAGUUAGGCUACUAAGAAUAGGUUCUAAUCAAUGAUUCAAUUCCAUUAAAUUGUUAGCCUGUUUGUGGGUGUGAUUGGUUUGGGAAUUUGUUGUACGAAAGAUUUGAUUUGGUAUGGAACUAUGGCUGCUGCUGUAAUCUGUCCAUGGAUAUUGGCAUCAACUUUAUAUUUCACUCUAAUUGGUUGAACAUAACCUGAAAUUUCCUUCCACCUACCCGACAGAGAGAAGGCAACUCGUGUCUCCAAUUUGAGACCUGAGAGAAAUAGUUGAAGCCAAGGCGGCAGAGAACUGACAACCAAACAAAGCUUUAACUUCCACCAUGUUGGGUCGACCAAAGCCUCUAGGCCUUGUUUGCUGUACAAAUUUCUGUAAGAAGGCUUCCCUGUUGGGUACAAGUUUAGUUACACAAACGGUCCCUUGAAGUGGCUGGAUAGAUAUCUCUGGCCAAAAGAUGAGAAUGUGCGG